CAGAAACGCUCAGGGUUGCAGCAUCCCCCUUCGUCUUAUCCCCUUCAUCGUUUCUCUGUUUUUUAAGACAAUCUCACGCAUCACCCAUUUUCACUCUCACUCCCCCCCCCCACCCACCCCGCCCCCACCCCCCUCUUUUUCACAACUAUACAGUGUGUUUUCUGUUGUUGUUGUUGCGGCCAGUUGCAUGCAUUUUUCGUCUCCCAAAAUGGUUUGCGAGACUAAAAUUGUUGCGGACGAACACGAUGCGAUACCCGGAACCAAAAAAGAGUCGAUGAUGUGGAGCUCUCCUCCGUCCAGCGCGGCUGUGAGCCCCGCCGAGCCCAAGGAUGUGAGGAAAGAUGCGGUUUUUAUCCGCGAGUUCGAGUGCGGGGAUCAGGAAGAGGUGCGGCGCAUCUUUUACGAGGGUAUCAUGGAGAGGAUACCCAACACGGCGUUUAGGGGGAUCAGGCAGCAGCCCAAGACCCAGUUUUUAUACGCUCUUCUGACGGUAAUGUGCUUUUUCGUGACCAAAUCCGUCACGCUGACCUGUUGUGCACCCCUCAUUCUCAUGGGUGCGCGCUACUACUACAGCAGGAAAGUUAUCCACAGCUAUCUGGACUGUGCUCUGCACACGGACAUGGCUGACAUAGAGGCUUAUUACAUGACACCCACAGGCUCUCGUUUCUGGGUGGCGAUGCUCGACGGACGCGUGGUGGGCAUCGUGGCGGCGAACGGCCGCGAGGACGACAACACGGUGGAGCUGCGGCGCAUGUCGGUGGACUCUCGUUACCGCGGCAAAGGCAUCGCCAAGGCCCUGGGCCGCCGCGUCCUGGAGUUCGCCGUGCGCAACGACUACGCCGCCGUGGUCCUCGGCACGACGGCGGUCAAGUUGGCCGCCCACAAGCUGUACGAGUCGCUGGGCUUCCGCCGAACCGGCCAGAGCGAGGACUACCGGCUCCCCGGGAUGAGCCGCUCGCCGCUGGAGAGGCUCUUCUUCCAGAUCCGCUACAGCCGCUACCGCUUGCAGCUCCGUGAGGAGUGAGAGGUGACAGGGAGAGGGAGAGGGAGAUGGAGAGGGGGAGAUGGAGAAAGAGAGGGACAGAGAGAGAGAGAGAGAGAGAGAGCAACGACCCUCCUUCACCCGAGAGCCCCGACUGCAUCCUCUCCUCUGACGGCUUUUAUUUAUUUUAUGUCAUUAGAGAUAACUUUGAGUUCUUCUACAAUUUCAUCUUUAAAGUCACUAACGUUUUCAUUACUAUUAGGCUUUUGUUGCUGUUGUUUUUGUAUUAUACUUUUACAUUUUAAAUAAGAGUUUGUUUCUUUUCCUCUAUUUUAUUAAGAUAUUUUUUUUACGCCUCCCUUUUAAUCAUAGGAGAAGAAAAAAGAAAAGAAAGUCUUUCACAGAAGACAUCUGACUGGCACCCCAACUAGGAACCCUCCCUGCCCCUUUGGUUUAAAGAUCAUGUGACUGAUCACUACUCCCCUUCAUCACUACUCCACAAUGCCCCUCUUUACCCCUCCCCCAUUACCUCCAGCCCUCCCUUCCCUCCCACAUUCAACAGACGUGUGUGGCGCUGUGGAGUGCAAUGAGACAUUUGCAUUCUGUGUCAUUGGGGGUGGACGGAGCGACGGACGGGUUUGGGAGGGGCAAUUAUGGCUUCCUUGAGAGCAAAACGCACACACAAAAAGUGUGUGUGUGUGCGUGUAGCUCGUGGUACACACUCUCUUUUAAGAAAGCUCUUCGAUGUCACAUUUUUGUGUGUGCAUUGUGGACAGAGCGUCCACAGUGGUCACGCACACACAAACCAAGUCAUUUGGCUUUUGGCUUUGUCUCUCAAGCCGCCAUAUUGAAGCACAGCGAGAGUGUGUUACCGACCCCCCCCCCCCCCCAUGAGAGGGGAGGCCGACAGGAUGUGGACGGGGAAUACGCACCGUGCAUCUUUCCUCGCAUCCCCUCCUGUUAAGUCUCUCUCCGCUGAUCAUUUGGAUCGCAUCUCUCCUUCCUUUCUUUUGUUUUUAUUAAUCACUGCUUUGCUCCCUGGAGCUGUGGAGAGGGUCUCUGAUUGGUUGAGGUGACAGGAGGGUGGAACCUUCUCGGCUGACAGAUCCCGUGACACGAUACAGCUGCAUGUCCGAGCUUGUGUGUGUACGUGUGUGUGAUUGUUGAGAGACUGUGUGUGUGUGUGUGUUUGAUGAGGCCAUGGUCAGACAUUACAGACCAUGCCUCAACAGCGUAUGAGGAAUCUUAUUUUGCGUAGACAGACGCUCACCGUUUCUUGCUACGAGUCAAGUAUUAUCUAAGUAAACAACUACUUUCUAUGUGUACUUAUAAAUUGUUUACCGAUUGAAGAAAUAUACAUUCUAACAUUUUGAGUUUAGUAUUUGACUGAAAUAAAAAAUUAGUCAUUUUAUAACUUUAAACACAUAUUACCACGUUGUAAUAUGCAAAUCUUACUGUCAAAACUACGGCAAUUACAAAGUAGCUGCAGACUCCACUCCACAUACUUAAUCCAGGUUAUUGGGGAACAACUUGGGUAAAACAUGACUACUAGCAAUACUUGCAGACCUGCAGAACAUAACUGAGCACAAACAGCAAAUAAUUAUUUAAACCAAUAUAUUGGAGUUAGUAUUCCCCCCUCCCCUUGUAUUUAUAUUGUGUAUAAAGUUGAAAACUCAUGUAGCGAACCCAACAUCAAAGUUACUCCCAUAACACCUCUCUCUAUCUCCAUCCUCUGACCGUACAACCAGCAGUAGAUUCAGCCAUCCACGACUCUGAGCCUAAGUUAUGUCAUCAUACCAUUUGUAAAAAGUAAAUUAUAAAGC